CUGUGGCUGUAACCAAUCCAACAAUGGCUGUGAAGAACCAAUAAAUGAGUGGUCAUCACUUCUCACCACUUCACACUUUCCUAUAUAUAGCCACUCAAACCUCUUCUCUUUGAUUCUAAACCCACUUCAAUUCCAGUCCCUUCUCAACCAUUGUCUUCUUCAUUCUCACUUUCUCACUUUUUAAGAAUGGGAAGUUCUGGAGCAGAAGCUGAUUAUGGUGCAUACACCUACAAGGAGCUUGAGAGAGAGCCUUACUGGCCAUCUGAGAAGCUGAGGAUUUCAAUCACUGGUGCUGGUGGUUUUAUUGCCUCACACAUUGCUCGCCGUCUCAAGAGUGAGGGGCAUUACAUCAUUGCUUCUGAUUGGAAGACAAAUGAACACAUGACUGAAGACAUGUUCUGCCAUGAGUUCCAUCUGAUUGAUCUUAGGGUCAUGGAUAACUGCCUCAAAGUUACCAAUGGUGUGGAUCAUGUUUUCAAUCUUGCUGCUGAUAUGGGUGGGAUGGGGUUUAUCCAGUCCAACCACUCUGUCAUUAUGUACAACAACACCAUGAUUAGCUUCAACAUGAUUGAGGCUGGAAGGAUCAAUGGUGUGAAGAGGUUUUUUUAUGCCUCUAGUGCUUGUAUCUACCCUGAAUUUAAGCAGCUGGAAACUACCAAUGUCAGUUUGAAGGAGGCUGAUGCCUGGCCUGCUGAGCCACAAGAUGCAUAUGGUCUAGAGAAGCUUGCAACAGAAGAGUUGUGCAAGCAUUAUAACAAGGAUUUUGGGAUUGAGUGCCGAAUUGGGAGGUUCCACAACAUUUAUGGCCCUUAUGGGACAUGGAAAGGUGGAAGGGAGAAGGCUCCUGCUGCUUUUUGUCGAAAGGCGCUUACUUCUGCUGACAGAUUUGAGAUGUGGGGAGAUGGAUUACAAACAAGAUCCUUCACCUUUAUUGAUGAGUGCGUUGAAGGCGUACUUAGAUUGACUAAAUCAGACUUCCGGGAGCCAGUGAAUAUUGGAAGUGAUGAAAUGGUCAGCAUGAAUGAGAUGGCUGACAUUGUGCUUGGCUUUGAGAACAAAAGCACACCAGUACACCACAUUCCUGGCCCAGAGGGUGUCCGAGGCCGUAAUUCAGACAAUACACUAAUCAAAGAGAAACUUGGCUGGGCUCCAACAAUGAAGUUGAAGGAUGGGCUGAGAAUUACAUACUUUUGGAUCAAAGAACAGCUUGAGAAAGAGAAGGCCAAAGGUGUUGAUACAGCAAUCUAUGGAUCUUCCAAAGUAGUACAGACUCAAGCCCCAGUUCAACUAGGCUCACUCCGGGCAGCAGAUGGCAAAGAAUGAAGUGAGCAAGUAGUCAUAAUCACCUAGGUGUUUUAAGUGGAGGGUUGACUUUUUAUGCUGCUAUUUUUUAGAGAUCUUUGGAUAUGGUUAAUUAGCUAUUGAGAUUGAUUUUGGAGCUUGUUCACGUGUUUGAAUAGAAGCUGUGCUCCACUUGAAUUUUAUGUUUGCUUGUUUGAGGGAAUGCUUGGUGCUUAAGGCGGUGUCACUGCAAUACAAAUUCGAAAGUAUGUGUUUUAAAAGGUUGAAUAAUUGAUUUACAAAGCAUUGUGUUGUUUUCUAA